AUGGUAUCAGAAGAGCCUCUCUCUAACGAGCAACCGAUCCCAAUCUCCACCAUGUCUUCCUCCACAAAUCAAACUCCACCCAUUAAUCCCAACUCUCAACCCAUCUCAUCCACUGAGACACCUCUUAUUGCCCUCAAUAUCACUGCACAAAUCAAUGAAAAAUUAACACCCUCCACGUUUCCUCAAUGGCGUGCCCAAUUCGAAGCCCUUCUCAUUGGCUACGAUCUCCUUGACUAUGUCAAUGGCACCUCCAUUUGCCCCUCCCCUGCACACGGAUCCACUGUCUCCUUACACAAAACCCAUUGGGUUCGACAGGAUAAGCUCAUUCUCAGUGCAAUUUUAGCCUCUACAUCUCCCACAAUUACUCCCCUUAUUUCUACUGCCAAAACCUCUCAUGAGGCUUGGAAGAAACUCACCACAAUGUAUGCUAGCCGGUCUAGAACUAGGGCUAUGCAACUCAAGGAGGAACUCACCUUGAUUCAACGUGGGAAUCGGUCGAUUACAGACUAUUUACACGCUGUGAAGGCCCUAGCCAAUGAGAUCACCAUCAUCGAUCACUCGAUUUCGGAUGAUGAUCUCACCCUUUAUGUCUUGAAUGGACUCGGGCCUGAGUUUCGGGAGAUCGCAGCGCCAAUCCAGACAAGGGAGACUCCAUUGGCGUUUGAAGAACUGCACGAUCUCUUGGUGGGACAUGAGAGUUAUCUGCAGCGUCUGGAGGCUGCAACCUAG